GUCCAGUUCAGUUUUUGAUUGACUCCCAAACAGUGUGGUCGGUUUCAAAAUGGAAAGUUUAAGCGAUCGUAUGUUGAGGUACAAACCGGAUACUUUAUUAGAAGUGAGAAAAGAAUUGAACCUUGAUAAGCCGGGACGAAUUAAUGAAGCUAUCGAUAUUUUGGAGGAUUGGGUGCAGAAGCAGCCGCAUUUCGCUAAGAAGGAUUUUCCUCGAGAAUACCUAGAAAGAUUCAUAGUUACGUCAAAAGGUUUAGUGGAGAGAGCGAAAGAAAAGUUGGACAAACUAUGCACCUUCAAGACACUGAUGCCAGAAUUCUUCAGCCCGAUCGAUGUCAAGAAAGAACUGGAACCCAUACAUCAAAUUAUACACACAGCACAUCUCCCAGAAAUGACUCCUCAGCAUCACAGGGUCUACAUCGCCAAGAUUGUCUCUGAAAACCUGGAGUCUUCAUACGUCUUCAGUUACUAUAAGUACUUGACUGCGCUUAGUGAAUACAUGAUGCAAGCCGAAUACUGCUCCGGUUUCCAAAUUAUUUUGGAUUAUUCCCAGAUAAACAUUCUUAGCUUUGUGACCAAGAUCAAUCCUAUGGAGCUGAGACAAAUUAUUACUUUAAUGACUGAAGGCUACGGCUGUCGGAUAAAGGGUAUCCACGUGAUCUCGUCCUCCAAAAUGGUGGAUACCUUAAUAUCCAUGCUGAAGCAAGUUUUCAGUGCUAAACUUGGUGAUAGAAUACAUUUGCAUAAGACUCCUGACACGCUGAGUGACUUUGUUCCUAAAGAAAUUAUGCCAUCAGACUAUGGUGGCAAGGAGAAAUCUGUUUUGGAAUUAAAUAAAGAAUGGGUGGAAGUGAUUAACUCCAAAGAGUUUCUGGAGUACAUGAGCAUCAUGAACAAAGCUAACACCAUCGAAUCGUGCAGACAAUCGAGCAAGUUCACUGAGAACUACGUUGGAAUGCCCGGGUCUUUCAGAGCAUUGAGUGUAGAUUAAUUAUUUUAAAUUAUCUAUAUUAAAUUUACUGUUAAAAAUGCUUUUAUUACAUUGGGAUUACAAAAGGCGUUCUAUUGAGCAUGUUCAAAAAUCGAACGCCUAUCGAUUCACGAGCAUGUCAGAAAUUAGCAUGCUAUUUUGAGCAACAUUCCGAUGCGCUAAUGUUAAAGGGACAAGUGCUCAAUACGAUAGAUGACUAAUUUUUAUUUUAAUGUCCGUCUGGUAGAUUAUUUAAAAUCAUUAGACACGUAUUUUUUAUUUUCUUAC